AUGGCCGUGGCGUUCCUGCUGUUGGGUUGUCUGGCGACGACCCACGCGUGGGGUGGACUCUUCAAUCGAUUCAGCUCGGAUAUGCUCGCUAAUUUGGGAUACGGUAGGGGACCGUACCGCCAUUACGCCUACGGUCAGGUGGAUCCUGAGGAAAUUUAUGCUGAAGCUCUGGAAGGCAACCGUAUUGAUGACGUCAUCGACGAACCGGCCCAUUGCUACAGUUCCCCGUGCGCCACCAACGGGGACUGCUGCCGAGGCCUUGUCUGUCUCGACACAGGUAUUACCGUUUUACCAAAUAAUAAUCUACUCAUAAGAUAA